AUGGUAGUCCGUAAGAAAUGCAAUAAAAAAAAAAAAAAAAAUAUAUAUGAAUUAUACCUAAAUAUGUGUGAAGAGAAAAAUAAAAAAUUAGGGGAAAAAAAUGGAGAUGAUAUAAUAGACCUAGAAAAGGAAGUAAAAAUUAGAUUAGAAGAGCAAACUAGUCUAUUAUCAAUUAAAGGAAUUGAUAGAGUUGAUAUAAAACAGAAAAAAGGAAAACAUUCCAUUAUAUGUAUUCAUUACAUUAAAAAUAUGUGCAUGAAAAAUUUAUUUUGUAACUAUUUACAUCAGCUAAUUUACUCAAGAAUACCUACAUGUAAAAAUUACUUAAAAUAUAACUACUGUGCUGAUAAAGUAAGAGGAUCAUGCAUGUUUCGGCAUACUUUAGAAAAUACUAAUGUUAGUCAUUACAAUGAAAAUAAAGAUGAAUAUUUAGAUGAAACUUUAAAAUUUCUACAUGAAAAAAAUAUUUGUGUAAAUUAUCUAUUAGGUUUUUGUGCAUUGGGAUAUAAUUGCAGAAAGAUUCAUAAAAAUAGAAGUAGAAAAUAUAUAAAUAUUAUAAGUAUAUUACCCAAAUUUUAUUUAGAUCACAUUUUAAUUAAUAAACGAUUGUAUACACAUUUAUACAAUAAUCAAAAAAAAUUUUUAAAUGAUUUGAAUAAAUUAAAAGAUGCUUUAAUAAUAUUAAGUGGAGAGAAAUAUUAUGAUAAGAUGAAUUUAUCAAAAAAUGAAAACGAAAAUUCUUUAAAAGAAGGGUUUAAAGGUAGUAAUAACAAUAACAAUAUUAACAGUAGUAAUCAUAAUAUUAAUAAUAACAAUACUAAAGGUAAUAUUAAUAUCAAUGAUAAUAAUAAUUAUAAUAAUGUUAACAUUGAUACCAGUAUUUAUAACAAUAGUAAUAAUAAUGAUAAUAUUUAUAACAAUAGUGGUAUUAUUGAUACCGCUGAUGAUAACAUUGAUAAUACAAAUAAUUAUAAUAGUAACAAUCAAAAUAUUUUUAUGAAGAACAAUAAAAAUAACUUAAAUGAUAUUAUUAAAAAUAAUCAGAAAAUAAUAGGUUAUAAUAAUAGCAAUGAAAUAAUUAAUAAUGCUACCAAUGAUAAUGUAGAUAAAUAUUUAAAUGAAUGUAAUAAAAGCAAUAAUGAACAUACUAAAAACCUGGGGAAAUAUAAUAAUUACAAUAAUCAUAGUAAUGAAAAAAUAUAUCGUAAUAAAAUAAAUAAUUAUUACAAUAAUGAAAAUAUAGUAACUAGCGAUAGUAUGAAUAUACCUAAUGUAUAUGAUUUAAAUAAUAAUUUAAUACAAAAUGAUAAAAUAAAAGUUUUUAUUAUUAAAUGUAAUCAAAUAUCUCAUUUAUAUUUAUCUAUAUUAUAUGGAGUUUGGGCUACUGGGAAAAAUAAUACCAGAAAAUUUGUUAAUUUGUUUAAAGAAAAUUACACUAUUAUUUUUUUAUUUUCAGUAAAUGAAAGUGGAGGUUUUCAAGGGUAUGCAAAAAUGAUAACUUUACCCAUAAAAAAUUUAUAUGAUAAUUUGUGGGGAUCAAUAACUAAGAGAUUAGGAGGAAAUUUUCGUGUGCAAUGGAUAAAAACAGCUAAAAUUGAUUUUGAUGUGUUUAAAAAUAUGGUAAAUUCAUAUAAUGAUAAUUUACCUUUAAAAAAAAGUAGAGAUGGCACUGAGUUACCUUUAAAUUUGGCCACUAUUAUUUGUAAUAAAUUGAAUUCUUUGCCAAAUGAAGAUUUUUUAGCUGGGACAAUUUAUGAAUAUAAAAGGAGAAUUAACCACUCUACUUUUUUUACAAAUUUGCAUAAACAAAAUUUAUUAAAUACAACAACUAUGUGGGAUAUGUUAAUUUUUAAUUUAAAUCAAAAAUCAGAUUGUCAACAAAUUACAUUUAUUGAUGGAACAGAACAAAAUAUUAAAUAA